GUUUAGGUCACGUGCAGAGGAAGAGGUGAUGUUCACGUGAAAGAGAAAAAGGAUCGUCAUCCCGCCACGCGCAACGGAUCUCCACUCUUCGGCCUUUGAGCGGGGGUCAACGAAGUCGAAAAUGGGGUGCGAGUCCGGGAGAGAACAGGUUUCGUAUGGGUUGCCAAGGUCUUCCUGUUCACGACAAGAGGACGUUGGCCGUGAUGCAGAUGCGGAUUCUGCUUAUCGGACGAAGUGGACCUCUUUUUCAUCAGAUAUCGGCUUGUACUCGGCGUAUUGAGAUUGUUGUGAUAAGAGAAAAGAGGAGUGGGAUUGAUAGAAGAGCAGUCCUCCUGUGAGCUGAGGGUUGAAGCCAUCGCCCUCCCAUCCCCUCAACCUCUGCUCUGGCAUCUUCAGCCGCCACCAUGACCUUCAAACGUAUCCGGGAGUACGUCUCCCACCCCUACGAACACCCUGGGGAAGGCAAAUUGGUGCGAAAGAUUGAUUUCUUCAUCUUGACAUUCUGCUGUUUGAUGUAUUUCACGAAUUACCUGGAUCGUUCGAACUUGGCAAAUGCGUAUGUGAGUGGGAUGAAAGAGGAGUUGGGGUUCAAGGGGAAUCAGUAUAAUCAGAUUAAUACUGUGUUUACUGUUGGCUAUGUGGUCGGCCAAGUGCCAUCAAACCUCGCCCUCUACCACCUCAAACCCCGCAUUUUCUUCCCAAGCAUGAUGAUCAUCUGGGGCGCGCUCACCAUGCUCACUGCCGCCGUCCACAACCCGCGAGACAUAAUGGCAAUCCGCUUCUUCCAAGGCAUCGCCGAAUCGUCCACUUUCGUCGGAACUCAUUAUAUCCUCGGUUCUUGGUAUACCGCUCGUGAGCUGGGCAAACGCAGUGGCAUCUUCACCUCGUCCGGUCUGGCAGGGACAAUGUUCGGAGGAUUUCUACAGACCGCUAUCAACAGCUCUCUGAACGGAGCAAGAGGUAUGAGUGGAUGGAGAUGGCUCUUCAUCAUUGACGGACUCAUCACCAUCCCGAUUGCAAUUUACGGCCUGGUGCUCUUCCCCGACACACCAUCCACAACCUCAGCCUUUUAUCUCUCCUCCUCCGAACGAGCCCUCGCCAUCUCCCGCGUCCCAGAAGUGCCCGAACGCCGACCAUGGAACCUAGAUUUCGUGAAAAGGGUCUUCAGUAGCUGGUAUUGGUACGGUUUCGUCAUGCUCUGGAUCAUCGCCGGCGAGACGGAAUCAUUCUCCUCCAAUUCUCUGCUGGCACUGUACAUGAAGUCUACAAAGCGGUACUCUGUUGCUCAGCUGAACAACUAUCCGACCGGUGUCCUAGCUGUGGGAAUCGUAUCGACUCUCUUCUGGGCCACGUUGACUGACUUUCUGGGUGGGAAGAGAUAUCUGGUCGGAUAUUGGAUCGGUAUCACGGGCGUCGUGACAGCAGCUAUGAUACUUAAUCCGCACGCUAGCACUGGCAGUAUCUUUGGAGCUUAUUACUGGGCUGGCACAGUCUAUGCAUGCCAGGCCACGUUCUUUGCAUGGGCGAACGAUGCCAUGAGGUGGGAAGAAGACAGUCUCAGGGCGGUGGUUAUUGCGAGCAUGAAUUGUGGGAGUAAUGCUGUUAAUGCGUGGUGGAGUAUCUUGUUUUAUUCAGCCAACCUUGCACCUAGAUUUACGAAAGGUAUGUGGGCUAUGAUUGGAACAAGUAUUGCAUUGGUGAUUUGGACAAGUGGAUUGUUGUAUAUGGCCACCAAUGCCGAGAAGAAAAGAGUCACUAAAGCGCAGGUUGGGGAUGGCAAAGAGGAGAACUUCAAGGCUGAUGCGACCGGGGAUAUCAAUGUAUGAGUGUUGGCACGCCCUCAAGUCGGAGUUUGGAACGGAAAGACAGCCGGCAAAGGGUGCCAUAUGGUAAUCAGUAGGACAAUUAAUCCGGAAUCUCGAAUACAACGACUCGGCAUUCAACAACAA